AUGAGCCAAAAUUCAGAUCAACGAGUCAUCAAUAUGUCAGUCAACGUCAAACGUGUAAUAAGUCAGGUAACAGAUCCGGUAACCAUUUCGUGGCACAACAUCAAUGUCUUAAGCAAAUCAUCGGCCGGACUGUUGCCGCGAUUAUUGAAAAGAAAAUCCAAACCAGCGGUUCAUAUACUUAAAAAUGUUAGUGGACAGGCAACUGGUGGUCAAUUGCUUGCAAUAAUGGGUGCCAGCGGUGCGGGUAAGACAACACUGAUGAAUGUGUUGACACAACGAAACCUGGGAACUGUCAAAGUAAAAGGUGCCGUCAAAUUGAAUGGCAAAUUGUCGGAUAUGAAUAGUAUUAAAGCGCUGUCAGCUUACGUACAACAGGACGACCUGUUUAUCGGUACACUUACCGUCAAAGAGAACCUGUCGUUUCAGGCCAGACUCCGGAUGGAUGCGUCGGUUGGCAAAGAGUUUCGCAACAGUCGUGUCAAACAAGUCUUAUUAGAUUUAGGUUUGACAAAAUGUGCCAACACUUUGAUUGGUUCGCCGGAAACUGAAAAAGGCAUUUCUGGAGGCGAAAGAAAACGGUUGGCUUUUGCUUCGGAGUUAUUAAUGAAUCCGUCGAUCAUGUUUUGCGAUGAACCGACCUCUGGGUUGGACUCGUUUAUGGCGCUCAACGUUGUCGAAGUAUUGCACGAUAUGGCACAGUCGGGUCGGACAGUCAUCUGUACAAUACAUCAGCCGUCGUCGGAAGUGUUUGCCAUAUUCAGUCAUCUAUUACUUAUGGCCGAUGGAAGGGUAGCCUAUUUAGGGGAAGCCGAUAGAGCACUAGACUUUUUCUCUGGUCUGGCACUCAACUGUCCCGCAAACUAUAAUCCAUCUGAUUUUUAUAUCAAACAGUUGGCUGUAUUGCCAAAUAGUGAACAACAGUCUAAACAAAAAAUUCAUAGUAUAUGCGAUCAAUUUGCCAACAGUACUUACGCUAGUGAGGCACUACCUAAACAAACUGUCGACACCAAUGGCGAUGAUUUUGAUCGGCUAACCAAACAGGAAAGAGGUUCGGUCUACAAAACCAAUUGGUUCGUACAGUUUUGGGUACUGUUAUGCAGGUCUACCCUAUCGACAAUGCGUGAGCCUAUGCUAACAAAAAUCCGUAUUAUACAAACUAUUGUAAUCUCUAUUGUGUUUGGCCUAAUCUAUUGGCAACUGGAGGUCAAUCAAACUGGUAUAAUGAAUAUAAAUGGUGCCCUAUUUUUGUUGGUUACAAAUAUGAAUUUUUCAAGUGUUUUCGGUGUUGUCAAUACAUUUUGUGCUGAGUUACCUAUUUAUCAUCGUGACCAUAGCAAUGGCAUGUAUCGGGUCAGCGCUUAUUUUUUGUCCAAAACAAUUGCCGAGUUUCCAACAUUUAUACUGAUACCGGUGCUUUUUGUGGCCAUUUUCUAUUAUAUGGCUAAUUUGAACAAUAAUUUUGAACAAUUUUGCUGGUGUGCACUGAUAUGUGUUAUGGUGGCCAACAGUGCCUGUGGCUUCGGUUAUUUUGUAUCAUGCCUGAGCAAAAACAUCAAUAUGGCACUGGCUAUAUCACCGGUGCUUAAUCUACCGUUUAUGUUAUUUGGCGGAUUUUUUCUCAAUAACGAUACUAUACCCGUUUGGUUGAACUGGAUCAAAUAUCUGUCCUGGUUCUACUAUGGUAACGAAGCACUCAUAGUCAACCAGUGGCAACAUAUCGACAAAAUUGACUGUCCCCACAGCAAUACAAACAAAACACUAAUAUCAUCGACAGUAGCCUAUAGUUUACAGGAUAACACUGGCACUCCUCCAUGUGUGCCAAAUGGACGGGCAGUUAUCCGAUCCUUAAACUUCAAUGAAGACUACUUUUCACGAGAUAUAUGUCUAUUGUUGGCACUGAUAGUUGGUUUCAGAUUUGUCGCUUAUGUUAUACUAUGUAUUAAAUCACGUAAUAAACAUUGA